CUGAUGAAGAACGUGACAGGAGUGACUCAGUUCCUUCUCCUGGGCCUAACCAGGGACCCAGAGCUACAAGUCCUGCUCUUUACAACGUUCGCCCUCAUCUACCUCUCCACUCUGGUUGGGAACUUGGGCAUCAUCAUGUUGAUGCUAUUGGACUCGCAUCUCCACACACCCAUGUACUUUUUCCUCGGUAACCUGUCUCUGGUGGACGUUUGUUACUCCUCAGCGGUCACUCCCACAGUCCUGGCUGGAUUCAUUCCAGGAGACAAGGUCAUCUCCUACGAUGCCUGUGCUGCUCAGAUGUUCUUCUUCGUCGCCUUUGCCACUGUGGAAAAUUACCUUUUGGCCUCAAUGGCCUAUGAUCGCUAUGCAGCCGUGUGUAAACCCCUACACUACACCACCACCAUGACACGAAGUGUGUGCGCUGGUCUGGCUACAGGCUCCUAUGUCUGUGGUUUCCUGAAUGCCUCCAUCCACACUGGAGACACCUUCAGUCUCUCUUUCUGUACGUUCAGUGUGGUGCAUCACUUUUUCUGUGAUGUUCCAGCCAUCAUGGUUCUCUCUUGUUCUGACAGACAGGUUAGUGAACUGGUUCUAGUUUGUGUAGUGAGCUUCAAUGUCUUUGCUCUCCUGGUUACCUUGAUAUCCUAUAUGUUCAUAUUUAUCACCAUCCUAAAGAUGCCCUCAUCUGCAGGGUACCAGAAGGCUUUAUCCACCUGUGCCUCCCACUUCACUGCUGUAUCCAUCUUCUAUGGAACAAUUAUCUUCAUGUACUUACAGCCCAGCUCCAGUCACUCCAUGGACACGGACAAAAUGGCCUCUGUGUUCUAUGCUAUGAUCAUUCCAUUGCUGAACCCUGUGGUCUACAGCCUGAGGAACAAGGAGAUAAAGAGUGCAUUUAUGAAGGUUGUUGUAGGUAAAACUGUCCCUAGGAUUAUGAUUUCAACAAUGUAA